AUGACGCCGGAAUUAUCUAUCUAUCUAUCUAUCUAUCUAUCUAUCUAUCUAUCUAUCUAUCUAUCUAUCUAUCAGUAUUCAUAUGUUUAUCUCUUUUUGACUCUUUCGCAUUUUGUUUAUCGUUCGAUAAAGUUUGACUCUCCUCUUCCUACCAUAAAUCAAUCAAUCUCUCUCCCUCCCUCCCUUCCUCCCUCCCUGUCUGUCUCUCUCUUUCUCUCUACCUUUCCAUUCCUCUUUCGUUUUAUAUACCUGACUUUAUCUUAUCUCAAAAUAUCAGCAUUUUUUUUUCAACUGAAUCUUCUCGCUUGUCUUUCUAUCAGUCUGUCUUUCUCCUGCUCUUUCUCACCCUCUCUCUCUCUAUCACUCUCUCAGAAGGUAUUCCCUUUCCACCCAAUCUAUUCUUAUUCCCUUUUCACCCAAUCUAUUCUCAUUCCCUUUCCACCCAAACUAUUCUUAUUCCCUUUUCACCCAAUCUAUUCUCAUUCCCUUUCCACCCAAUCUAUUCUUAUUCCCUUUUCACCCAAUCUAUUCUUAUUCACAUUCCACCCAAUCUAUUCUCAUUCCCUUUCCACCCAAUCUAUUCUCAUUCCCUUUCCACCCAAUCUAUUCUCAUUCCCUUUCUAUCCAAUCUACUCUCAUUCCCUUUCUACCCAAUCUAUUCUUAUUCCCUUUCCACCCAAUCUAUUCUUAUUCCCUUUCCACACAAUCUAUUCUGAUUCCCUUUCUAUCCAAUCUAUUCUCAUUCCCUUUCUACCCAAUCUAUUCUUAUUCCCUUUCCACCCAAUCUAUUCUUAUUCCCUUUCCACCCAAUCUAUUCUUAUUCCCUUUCCACCCAAUCUAUUCUCAUUCCCUUUCUAUCCAAUCUAUUCUUAUUCCCUUUUCACCCAAUCUAUUCUUAUUCACAUUCCACCCAAUUUAUUCUCAUUCCCUUUCUACCCAAUCUAUUCUCAUUCCCUUUCUACCCAAUCUAUACUCAUUCCCUUUCUAUCUAAUCUAUUCUCAUUCCCUUUCCACCCAAUCUAUUCUUAUUCACAUUCCACCCAACCUAUUCUCAUUCCCUUUCUACCCAAUCUAUUCUCAUUCCCUUUCUAUCCAAUCUAUUCUCAUUCCCUUUCUAUCCAAUCUAUUCUUAUUCCCUUUUCACCCAAUCUAUUCUUAUUCACAUUCCACCCAACCUAUUCUCAUUCCCUUUCUACCCAAUCUAUUCUCAUUCCCUUUCUACCCAAUCUAUACUCAUUCCCUUAUCUAAUCUAUCUAAUCCUUCCAUUCUAUUCCCAUUCCACCCAAUAUUCUCAUUCAUUUCACCCAAUCUAUUCUCAUUCCCUUUCUACCCAAUCUAUUCUCAUUCCCCAAUUUCUGCCUAUCCAAUCUAUUCUCAUUCCCUUUCCACCCAAUCUAUUUUAUUCUUCCCAUCUUCUAUUCUUUCCCUUCCAAAACUUAUUCUCAUUCCCUUUCUAUCCAAUCUAUUCUCAUUCCCUUUCAACCCAAUCAUUCUCAUUCCUUUCCACCCAAUCUAUUUCAUUCCAUUCCAAUUCAAUCUAUUCUCAUUCCCUUUCCACCCAAUCUAUUCUUAUUCACAUUCCAAUCAAUCUAUUCUCAUUCCCUUUCUAUCCACUAUUCUAUUCCAAUUAA